AUGAGAGAGGACCCGCAGGUGACCAUCGCGGGUCGCGAGGGCCGCCCCGUGCCUGUCAAGCGCAGCAUCGCCGAGCUGUACAUGCGCGUCUUCUCGCACAUGCCGGUCGACGAGGCCAUCGAGCGCAAGAGCAGCAAGGCUGCCGAGAACGCCUACUUCAAGGCGCGGGCGCAGGCGGCGGAGGCGUCUCGGGCGAAGCGUGAUCAGCGCACCGCGCUCGACACGGUCGGCUUGAUGGGCGGCGGCGGCAACGUCUCGGUGGGUCACGGCAGCGUUGCCAAGGUGAAGCGCAAGGUUGCCAUCUUGAACAAGGCGGAUUUCAAGUACUUCCACGGCGGCAACGAGCCCUUGCAGCGCGCGGUGCGCCACCAUCCGAGCAUGUCGAUCCCAGUUCGCGGCGGCGUCGUGGGAGAGACCGAAAAGGUGUGGCUGUUCGGGAACUUCCCUGGGGCGCGCCGCAUCAUGAGCUUCUGCACCCUCCACAGGGUCACCGCUGGGUCGACGCCCGUGCGCCCAGACGACGUCUUCUACGACGGCCAGGUCGUCGAUUUUUACCAGAAGGGCCUCAGCACGCAGAAGUCUCAGUUCGACGCAGAUCUUGUGGCGAAGGACCUGCCGUGCAUCAACGCCACGAGGGGGAAGUUCAACUUGGCGCCGCUCAAGCUUCGCGAAGCGGGCGAGGCGGCCGACGAGGUGCCGCAGGGUGCUGCACCUGGAUCGCCUAGCGCGGCGGCAGCGGACAGCGCCGUCGGGGAGGAUGAGGCCGACGCAGAUGGCGCGGCCAGCGGCUUGGGCGACGCCGCUCUCAGCGGCGUGAUCCAGUUGCCCUCGGUUUUCAGCAGAUCGCGCUCGGAUGUCGGCAUGCCCCCUACCAAGAGGAGCAGGCGUGGGAAGAAGAGCCCCGCCGCGGAGCUUGAUGCCUCGCCCUUCGCAGCUGACGACGGCAUCGGCCUCGACGACUCAGCGUUGCAGGGAACCGCUGACCGCAAGGCCCACAUCAAGAAGUUCGAGAUGGCUCACAUUGUACCCGUUGCCUACCAGGAUACUUACCAGGACGAUGGAGUUGCCAAAGCCGUUCUUCUUCUGGUUCAGACCUACGGGGCGUUACCCGACGCCGUGAACUUGAAGCUGUGCAUGCGAGAGUCCAGGCGGAAGAUGAAGCAGAUCAGCGACGGCGAUGCAAUUGUAGCGUUCUUUGCUUCGACGGUGCCAUACAAUCCUAGCCACACCGAUUCGUUUAUCAGCUCUUCGCUUACACUGAGCGCUCUGAAGUCGGAGCCAGAGAUCAAGAUCGGCACGUUCUUGGGUUGCUUCAUCAACGACUGGCGUUGUCCCUCCAUUGAGGCAGGCAAGAGCGCUCAGGAUCUGCUCACCACGGCCGUCGACAUCAUGGGUAACAAGGUCUCGGAGAUCGUCGCACCCAGCGACAUGCCCGAAGAGUAUUUGGGGUUCUUUUGCUCGCUUUCGGAAAUCACACCCGCGCUGAGCACGCUCCUCCACGGUCUCGACGCGGCCGCCCUGGACGAUUUCGCCUCGAGGGCCAAGCACCACGUCACCAUCCUGUCCGGCGCGAAGGCUAAAGGCCCCAUGGCGCAGCGCAUCGCCCGCUCGAUCCUUGCGACGCCGAUCUACGUGGACCUGCUUGCCGACUUGAGGAAGACCUCGCAAGGCUUAACUACCAUGAGCCAGGAAGUCGAGCAUGCGAAUGCGGUUUUGACGACCAAGAUGCCAGAUAUUUGUGGUGAGAGCGAGGAGUGGCGAUUAACUUGCCAUACCAGCGCUGUUCUUGCGAAGAACUUGUUGGGUUUGCUCGAUGUGCUCGGUGGCACCUACGGGAACGAGUUGAAGGAGAAUGCUUUGGACAGGGCGCGCGUUAUAGUCAUGGGCAUGCGUGAGCGCGCUGCAAUUGGGCUUGUAUCUUUGACGGAGUCGAAGUCUUUCGCUGAGAUGAUCUCCGACCGGAGGAUCGCGUGGCACAGCGAGGCUUUCUUGGUCGAGGCGGAGAGCGACGCGGCCGACAUGCUCUUCAAGAUCACCGCGGACGGGGAGGUGGCAAACUUCAAGGUCGAGCUGACGAAGGCUGCCGCGGCAGAGAUCCUGUCGCAGGACAUCCCCGAGUCCGUGAAGUCCAUUUUCGAGAAGGUCAGGGGCGCGAAUGUCAACGACGACCACGUGAAUUCUGAAUUGAUGAAGGUCGUGCGCAGAUGCGUCCACUUCGCGCUGGACACCAACUCGGAUUGUCAGGAGCCGAAGUCGGCGUCGCUGAACGCGCUUGCAGGUGCCUUGGAGCUCCUGCCGCCGUGCGCCUACCACCGCGGUGUUCUCGGCGCCCUGAGGCAGCGGCAUGAGCUGGUGGCCUUGGAGACAGCAUUCAGGAAGAAGCACUGCACGGAAGGUGGUGUGAACUUGGAUGCAGCGUACACGGACGAUACGUUGGUUACCAUGAAGGGUUCGACCAAAGUGUUGUUCGAGAAGGUCUUGAUCAUGAACUUUCCUGACGACGAGGAGACUGCUCACAUCAAUGAGAAAGCGACGGUUUGCGGCAACGGGGUGCAGGAGCUGAUCCACCAGGUCGCGCCCCACGGGCUUGAGGUGAAGUUGCUCGCGUAUCAGGACAAGACGCUGAAGGGGCUCAGGAGCGAGCAGGGUGGCCUCAAGAACGGCGCCAACUGGAUCGACGGGCUGCCGAAUGGCAUGGACGAGAAGUGGGACAAGACCCGCGCGGUCGGCAAGGCCACCUUGCUGGCGGACGGCAUCGCCGUCGUCCUCCGCAAGAAGGUCGACGCCGCCUUGCAGGAGGAAGCCGCCAUUCGCAAGUGGGCGAAGACGUUCGAGCUCCCGAUCGACGAGAACAUCUUCCAGCGUGGCUCGGACGCGAUGGGCAGGUGCAUCAAAGCGCGGGGUGCGUCGCUCAUGAUCAAGGCCAUCGCCGAUGGCGUUGACAAGGUGAGUUUGCGGAAGGCCGCGAUGGCGGCGCAGACGGAGCCCGGCAAGCACGAGCUGACGCUGGAGUCCUUGCAGCCGACCUCGCUGGCCAAGAAGGCCGUGGAUGUGAUGCACUUCAAGUGA